AUGGAAAUAGCUGGAGGUAUGGAAAUGGACAAAACCUCCACCCCCAGACUUACAGAAGACGGAGGACAUGAGAGCUUCACAAAAAAAAAAAAAAAAAGUGAGAGAGCCCUAUUGCUCUGUACCGUUUUAUAUUGUACUUGUUACCUGGGACUUGCACAAGUACACUCUGAAGAUGUGGACAUCCUCCAAAAGUUGGGGCUUAAGGGAGAGAAGCCGUCGCGCUCGGUGCCAGCAGGGAUCAUUCCAUUCCGAUCGGGGAUCAUCCUCACCCAGCGGGCACAUGUGGAGGCUCCGUUGCGCUCAGUCAUCCCAGCGGCCAUCUGGCCCAACUUGGCACUGGUUCUGAGUGUGCGCUCACAUCGUGUCAACAGUGCUUUCCUCUUCACCCUGCUCUCAGGCCGCAAGAAGCUCCUUCUUGGUCUGCAGCUUGUCCCAGGCAAGCUGCUCCUUCACACAGGACCCAAGACCUCAGUGGCACUGCCCUAUGACCCCCAUGAUGGCCAGUGGCACCAGCUGGCAUUGGGAAUAAGCGGACAGAGGGUGACUUUAUAUGCCUCCUGCGGAGAGCAGAGUGUUCAUGCAGACUUUGGGUGGGACAGUGAAGAGGGGCUGGCUCUAGAGCUCCAGGGCUCCUUCCUUCUGGGGAAGAUGAGCCAGCAGCAAGCCUCAGCACACUUUGAAGGAGCCAUCUGCCAGUUUGACCUGGUUCCCUCUGCACAGGCAGCUCACAACUACUGCAGGUACAUUAAGAAACAGUGCAGGGAAGCUGACACAUACAGGCCAAACCUUCCUCCCCUGCUGCCUAUCCUAACCCAAGACCCCAACGUCACAACUGCCCCAGCUGCCCCAGCUGCCCCUCGACUUGGGGGUGUGGACAUGGCCAGGAAGCCUGUGGGGAUGAACCUGGCCCGGAGUGUUGCCGCUGCUGCCUCUGCUGUCAGAUAUGUAGCCCCCACCGUCACGAUAAAGCCUACUCCUGGGACCAUUUCUCCAUCCCUGCAUGCAACUGUGACACCAGUCAUAGCCCAGCCUGGGCUAGCUUCUCCACCUCCAAGGGCCAGGACUGAGACUGUCACAGCACCACUCAGGACUGGAGUAAACCCCACAAAACCACCAACCCCAAAACCCUCCACUCCUAAAGCCUCUGUUCAUUCCAAACUCACCCCACCAAAGCCCAGUCCUCAUGGCAGCCCCAGAAAGACGCCAGUGGGACCAGACAGCAAGAAGAAACCGGCUCUGCCAGCCACUGCCAGCACCAAACCCCUCAAGACUAAGCCUCACUCUGCCUUGGCAGAUCAAGGAGAACUCCCAAAGAAACCCCAACCCACCAAAAAGACAUCUCCCAAGCCUAAAGUUACCACCUCCAAAGCUACCCCAUUUAAACCUACAAUGUCCAAAGCAAAUUCUUUCAAAGUUGUCCCUUCUAAACCAACAAUUUCCAAAGUCAGCCCAUCAAAAUCUGUCAUCUCCAAAACUACACCUUCUAAAACCACCAAGCCAGUAUCCAAACAAGUCACCAAACCACCAAAGCAAGCCAAAACCACCAUGGCCCCAGUCACCCAGCGACCCAGCAGAUCUUCCUACACCCCAGUCACCCAGCCUGCUACGGAUGGUUUCCAGAGUUGGGAUGUUGCACCUACUCAGUUCUCCCUGCUGGCUGGACCUCCAGGAUUGAAGGGAGAACCAGGCUUUCCGGGACUACCAGGCCCCCCAGGGAAGCCAGGCCUGCCGGGCAAGAGGGGUCCUCGGGGUCUCCCUGGUCCCCACGGCAACCCUGGCCGAGCCGGUCCACCUGGACUCAAGGGGAGAAAAGGAGACCCUGGUAUCUCACCUGGGCCGGCACCUAAAGGAGAUAAGGGAGACACAGGGAUUUUUGGCCCGGUUGGACUGUCUGGACAGCCAGGUCGAAAGGGACAGAAAGGUCAUCCUGGUCCACCUGGACUCCCUGGAGAGCCUGGGGAGCAAGGUCCAAUCGGAAGUCCAGGUGCCAAAGGUUAUCCUGGCAGGCAGGGUUUACCAGGGCCUGUAGGACCAAUGGGGCCUAAAGGCGCGCGGGGUUUCAUUGGAAUCCCGGGGCUUUUUGGCCUACCUGGGCCUGAUGGUGAAAGAGGCAUUCCUGGCGAACCAGGGAAGAGGGGCAAGAUGGGUAGGCCGGGGUUUCCAGGGGACUUUGGGGAGAGAGGACCACCAGGACCAGAUGGAAACCCAGGUGAGAUGGGACCCCCUGGUCCAAGCGGAGUUCCUGGACUUAUUGGUGACAUGGGGCCAGCUGGAGCGUUGGGCAUACCAGGACUGAAUGGACUGAAGGGGGUGCCCGGCAACCCAGGAGAACCAGGACUGAAAGGUGAUAAGGGUGAUGUUGGGAUUCCUGGAGAGCAGGGAGAGAUCGGGUUCAAAGGAGACAAGGGUAUCCAGGGCGCUCCAGGAUUACCAGGCCUACCCGGGAAACUAGGACCACAGGGCACGAUAGGAGAGAGAGGCCCUGAUGGUGCACCUGGCCCCCCAGGCGCAGAGGGUUUCCCUGGUGACAUGGGACCACCAGGAGAGAACGGCCUUGAAGGACCAAAGGGAAAGCCAGGAGCCCGAGGUUUACCAGGGCCGAGAGGGGUGCCCGGGUUGGAGGGAGAUGAAGGCCCUCUUGGACCACCAGGGCCGGCAGGACUGGAGGGUAGAAUGGGAAGAACAGGUUUUCCAGGGAAGAUUGGGCCAGAGGGAAUUAAGGGAGAGCCUGGUAUCACAGGGAAAGUUGGACCCGUGGGCGAAAGAGGUUUGGUUGGUUUCAUCGGACCUGUGGGAGAGGCAGGGCUGGCAGGAGAGAAGGGGGAUCGCGGGGAGAUGGGCCACCCUGGACCACCUGGAGAAAAGGGAUCAACAGGUCAUCCAGGGACACCAGGUGAAACUGGGCCUUCAGGACCACCUGGAAGACCAGGUCCCCCUGGAUCUCGUGGGCCAAUCGGUAGCAGAGGACCCAAAGGCAGACGGGGAGCAAGAGGGCCUGACGGUCCAACAGGAGAGCUGGGGUUAGAGGGCAAGACGGGUCCUGACGGUCCUCCAGGAAAAAUAGGUUUCCCUGGACUGGAGGGAAAGAUUGGAGAGUCUGGGGAAACUGGACCUAAAGGUUUUCCUGGUGUCCCAGGGCCCUCAGGACCUCCGGGCGACAAGGGAAUAGCUGGGGAGCCGGGAUCCCCGGGGCCACCAGGGAUUGUGGGACUGCUGGGAGAAAUUGGUCCGAAGGGUCCUCAUGGCAAAGAGGGUGAACUGGGACUGCCAGGCGAGCCAGGGGAGAAGGGAUCCAUUGGACUUGCUGGGAACAGCGGAGAGCAGGGUCUAAUAGGACAGCGGGGAGAGACAGGCUUGGAGGGAGAGGCUGGUGCAGCUGGUCCUGAUGGAGCCAAGGGUGAAAAAGGUGACAUGGGUCAGGAGGGGGACAAGGGAGACAAGGGUGAAAUUGGACUAAAGGGAAAAGAAGGCCUACCUGGAAGUCCUGGACUCACUGGAGUCAGGGGUCAAGAGGGCAAAUCCGGCAAGAUAGGUGAAAGAGGCAAACUAGGACUAAAGGGGGCUAAAGGUCACAUUGGUCACCUUGGGGAGACUGGGCCUGUGGGGAAGACAGGGCCUCCGGGGUUCGUCGGGCCUAAGGGGUCCAGAGGAACAAUUGGACCCGUGGGUGCUCCUGGUCGAAUGGGUCAACAAGGGGAACCUGGCCUUGCUGGUUAUGAGGGCCAUAAGGGACCACAGGGCCCCAUGGGGCCUCCAGGACCAAAAGGUGAAAAGGGCGAGCAGGGGGAUGAUGGGAAAGUGGAGGGUCCUCCUGGUCCUCAGGGUGAUAUAGGUCCACCUGGAGACAGAGGGGAAAGAGGUGAAUCAGGAGAUCCAGGAUAUGUUGGUCUGGUUGGUGUGGAUGGAUUGAGAGGCAAACCUGGGGCCCCUGGUCUCCCUGGACAUCCUGGACCUCGUGGGCAGCAAGGACCCAAAGGGCCGAAAGGAGAUCAAGGUCAGAAAGGCAAGAAGGGUCAGAUAGGACAAAAAGGAGCCAGAGGAUCAAUGGGUGUGGUUGGUUUCACUGGUCCCAGAGGCGUGGUGGGCCGAGAGGGGCAGGAGGGUCCACCCGGCAUAGAUGGUGUCCCAGGAAAAGACGGCAGCAGAGGCAUGCCGGGAGAGCAUGGUGAUGACGGACAAAUAGGUCUUACCGGUAAUGCUGGUCCACGUGGUAAACCUGGUGUUGUUGGACUUCCAGGUGAUCAGGGGCCAUUUGGGCCAAAGGGAGAGCAGGGUCUUCGAGGCCAGACAGGACCUUCUGGGAAAAGAGGUUUCAAGGGUGGCAUGGGACUGCCAGGGAAACAAGGAGGCCCGGGGCCUAAAGGACAACCUGGUGAUACAGGGGAACAAGGUUUUCCAGGCAUUAUGGGAGUAUUUGGACCAAGGGGGCCUCCAGGAGACUAUGGGCCAAAGGGCAUACAGGGACCAAGGGGGCCACAGGGCACAAUGGGUAGAGGAGGAGGAGUUGGUCCGAUGGGGAUUAUUGGUCCCAAUGGAAGCGCAGGUCCUAGAGGAGACAAGGGCAAUCGUGGAGAGACGGGGCUGCAAGGACCAAGGGGAUCUCCUGGACCUCGGGGGCCGCCCGGACUCCCUGGUCCCCCAGGUGUCCCUCCAUCAUUUAGAGAGGACGGUCUUCAUUUGUUUGUGGACUCACACACCCCACUCAGGACUGAGAAUAAGCCAGUGAUGGACCUGCCGAUGCUGGACCAGGGCGCAGAGAUAUUUAAGACCCUCCACUACCUCAGUAACCUGAUCCAAAGCCUGAAGAAUCCGCUUGGCACUCGGGACAACCCCGCCCGCAUCUGUAGGGACCUGCACAGCUGUGAACAGAAGAUGAACGAUGGCACUUAUUGGAUUGACCCCAACCUGGGCUGCUCUUCAGAUACAAUUGAAGUCUCCUGCAACUUUACCGGAGGUGGACAGACUUGUCUGAAACCAGUCACGGUAUCAAAGCUCGAAAUCAGUGUUGGUCGUGUCCAGAUGAACUUCCUGCACCUGCUGAGCUCAGAGGCAGUGCAGCACAUCAUCAUCCACUGCCUGAAUGUCCCUGUGUGGAGGUUAGCUGAGGAUCAGCCCGCUGCCAAGGGGGCUGUGAGCUUCAAGGCCUGGAGUGGGGAGAUAAUCGAGGUGGGAGGAGAGCUUGAGCCACAUAUCAUAGAGGACUCCUGCUGGAUGAAGGAUGGCCGCUGGCACCAGACCCAUUUUGUGUUCCACUCCCUGGACCCGACCUUGCUCCCUGUGGUCAACAUCUACAACCUCCCAGAGACUGUUCCUGGUUCGCACUACCACCUGGAGGUGGGCCCUGUGUGCUUCCUAUAAGGGCUGCUGUGUGAGUCCUCUGAGUGUGAAGGGAUGGAUCAUCUCCCCUGGAUGUCACCUCCACGCAGGUGUGGAGAACGGAGUAGUCCCCUCCAACCCACCCCUGAGCACUGUCCAAGUGGGAAAAAGCCUCCCCUAAACGCCCCUGCCUCACUCUGCCAACCUCCUAUUGGACUGCAGACACAGAGGGAGGAAGCAUGGGGAGCUGGGGGACACAGAGCAGGGGGACGUGGAAGAGCUGUGGAGGAGCAGGGGAGUUCUUGCACUAAGGUCUUCUCAAAAUGGCAAUAGUUUCUCCCAAAAGGAUCUCCUCCCCCCGCACCAAGCCAAGUAUGAAGAAAAAAAAAUAAGGCUCCACGCCUCACAAUCUCUCUGGAACAAUGCUAAGUGCAGGGAGACCAAGGCCAAGUCGAUAUUGCCAAUUAACCAAUCAGCGGACAUUAUAGUAACUUAUUAUUUGUACUGUAUACUGUCUGUAUACUGUGUGUACUUUUUGGAAAUACCAGGAAAACUUGUUCUGUUAGAAGAGAAGAAUUAAAGUAAUUGGGAUCAGUUAAAUGUACAUAUACAGUAUAUAUAUAUGCUUAUUCCUUAACUUUUAUACAUUUAUCUUAUGUAAAGAAAUAAUCUUCAAGUGCAAUAGAAAAUGAGAAGAUAAUUUUAUAUUAUAAAGUGAUAUUGAAGGCUUUUUCAGGGGUGCCAUCUUACUUGCCUUUGGUGCUCAUCUCCUUUCACUCUUGCCCAUAUGAAUUUCACUCAUCAGUUUAAAUUGAGCAGAAAUCACAUCUUAAUUUACUAGUGCUCCGAACGGGAGACCACGGCUGUCAGUCUACUCCCUAAUGUGGGAAACCAGUGGCGCCCAGUCAACUGUUAAUUGAAUAUGUAUUAAAUCAUUGAAUACUUAAUACUGUAUUUAUUCCCCAUCAAAUAUGUCUGAACACUCCCUGAAUAUAAACUGACUGGAUGCUACGUGUGAUUAGGGAGUAUAUCUGUGGUUAUGGAGAUGAGUGAUCUAGGAUAACUAUCUCUUCCUUUCAGCUAUAAUGCCUACAAGUAUGGAGCUGUAGUUUUUUUUUUUGUUUUUUUUUUUAGUGUUUUAUUGAUUUCCCCUGCAACUGUGGAGCGUGAAAUCACGUCUUGAUGCUGAUAUAAAGUUAGCUCCUUCUUCUCCUCCCGUAUGAUGAAAGACAGGAGGGCAAACUUUGUGCUCACCCAGCACAACAUGGGACCAGGACACUCUCCUACCCUGGUUACAGUAGACAGGCUGCAGGCGGGGGCAUUCCCUCGAGGAGAGCUGAGCCACAGGAGAGAGUGGGUCCAGGAGUCAAAACACACCUCUUUUAAUCCUGUCCCAUCUCUCAUGUAUGGUGCUAAGUAAAUUAUAUGAGGUGCUAACCCAGUGCUGUAAUUACACCACUCUGCCAAAAAUUUUCUGACGCUUAUAGUGCAUGCUUGCUCAGAUGGUACAGAAUCCAUAUACGCAUAACAUAUUGUCAUAGCUUCCAUAAUGCACUAUUAUGGUAAUAUCCCAUCCAAAAAAUACUUUAAAUAGUUUCUGAAUAGUCAAACACCUGUUGCUUACUCAAACCUAUUUUUGUUCUAUACUGCAAUUUACAGAGACGCUUAUUCUAAGGGAAUAUAUUUUAGAGAUAAUUUUUAAAAAGGAAAAACGAAAAGAAAAAAAAUCUCCUUUGUAUCUAUUUUAAAUCACAGGGUUUGAAGUAUUUUUUGAAAAAUCAAGUUUUCUUUCUCGCUGUACAAAGCCCCCCACAGCUGUAUGUAAUAUCUCUAGGAACACAACUAGUGGAAAUAGUUUUAAUUAAAAAAAAAAAAAAAAAAUCUUUGUUGUAGUUGAACACAAAUGUGUAUAAUUGUGCAAGCCUUGCUGUAUACAAUGGAUCCCCUCUUGCUAAUUUAAUGUUAUUUAAUGUUGUAAACGUGGUUGCUGACUGAGCAAGGUUCUGUUUGUCGAAGCAAUACUACUCUGUCUGACAACUUUAUAUAUCAGUUCGCCCAACUGGUCUUGGAGUUAAUAGAUUUUUUUAAUGUGUAAAUUUGGGGCUCCAGAGAACAAAUUUAUUGCAAUGUUAAUUGUCUUUUAUUUUUUUAUUUUUUUUUUUUUAUUUUGUUUUUUGUUGGUUUGUUUUUCCUCUAUGAUAAUCAACCAUGUACUGUACCAGGACUCUGUUUUAUUAUAACGUGUUUUAAAGAAAUUAUGCCAAUAUGUGAAAAUUAUUUUUUUUUCUUUUUGUAAAUCCGUUGUAGAAUUAAAAUGAGCUAAGAAUACCUCACAUUUUUACAUAUGACUUGGAGCAAAGAUUUUCUGUUGUCUUUAUAAUUAAAACCUGUUUGGAAAAAAAAAAAAAUCAGCCAAAUAAGUCAUGACACUCUGAACAAGACCAUUUCUGGUGCUUACAUCUUUCAUCUGUCUACUUUUUCAUCACAUGUUCAGUGUCCAUUUGUUCAAUAAAUACUUUCAAUUUA